AUGUCGAACAGUGCCAGUAAUAACGUAAUAAUCGUACAUAACUGUAUAAGAAAUCAGCUUGUUAGUUACGAGGUCGAGGUGGUUACAACACUAGUAUUAGAAGUGGGAUCUUCAGGAGAUUACACACUGGUGACAGAAAUCAAAAUGUGGCUGAAGAAACUAGUCAAACUUUUCAUAUACCAACAUCCGAUUUUGUUGGAAGCAAAAACAAAGUGUGCCACGCUAGAUCCUACAUUGCUGGCCCACAACUUAUCUUCUUCAUUGAGUACACAUGAUUCCGUCAGCAUAUCAAGCUCAGAUUUGUCAUCAUUACCUUUCAUCACGAUACCUUAUGAGCAAACUGACAACCGUUUAGUUGAGCAAACGAAUGUUGAUUCUUCUGAUCAACGAAAUUUUAACAAUUUCAUUAAUAAUAAUAUUUCUGUAAGCGUUGACAGUGUGGAUGAGGACAAAUUUGAUAGCUUCUUGAUCGAGAAUGAUCCCAAUAAGCGUGAAUUAAUUGAUGAGGAAGAUGAUGAUGACGAUGAAGAUGAUGCAAAUGAUUAUAAUGAUGUUGGAGAUGUGCAGCCAGAUUAUCGGAAGUCCAGUGAGUCAUUGAAACGAAAACAUAAUGAGUUGUGUCUUAAUGUCAUCAAUCAUAGUGAAAAUACUAACGUGACAGUUGAUAAUGACAAAAUCAGUUCAAUUAAUCUGAUUAGCAGCAUUGCUUCAUUAAGCAGAAAUGUGACAAUUCCAAAUCUACAAAGUAAUAGUACACUAAAAAGCGUUCUUUAUAACGGAAAUAUAACGGGGUGGAAUGUUGAUCUGGCCGUUUUAUUAUGGAAACGUUUGCUGGGUAGUCUUGGCAAUGUUAAUGACAUCACUAUUCCGUCACUUCAUUUAGUUGUCAUAGAAUUUUUUUCUAAUCUUACGGAUUGGUUAACUAAAAUUCGUGACAACCAAUCAGUAACCACAGACAACCAGUCCACUCCUGAUCCACCGUUGUACAUUCCACCAAUUAACCAUAUCAUACCAUGGUUAUAUCAGGACGUGUGUAACAAUCUUAUGAAACACUGUACAUCAAGGUUCUUGUCAACGGCAUAUCCAGGAUCUUCCUUGCUUGUUCUAGAUUUUGUUCACACUAUCGAUAAAGUCCUUUCUAAUAACACUUUGAAUAAAGAGGCUGAUCAAUGCUGUUCUCAAGCUUUAGCACUUCUUGGCAGCUUGCAGAUAUUUGUAAAUCGCUUCAAAUGUGUUUUACCUGUGUUUGAUCCAAGUAGAGAUUCAUUAACAAUCACACGACUUCCUAACAUCAAGGAAAAAAUGUUAUUCAUGUUAAUGUCGGCAGCCAGAAAAGAACCAUUUGGUAAAUCCAAAUGUACAGCUUUAUCGAGUCUAGGCAUCUAUUUAUAUAAAGAGUUAAACAGCAAAAGAAUUGAUGAACAUAUUUCUGAAAUUUUUGACAUUUUUCUGUCGGCGCUACAGGUUUCUGAUAGAAUAACAAAUCAAACGGCUUCUGAACUGAUAACAUUGUUGUCUGACCAUAGCCACCUUCUCAUUGCUAAUGUUCCUAAUUUAGUUUAUCGCAUAAUUCAGGAUAUGACAAAAACGUGUUGCUCACUUCUACCUGAUAUUCGUGAUGCAACAAUUCAUCCUGGGAGUAAACAUUCAGCUUCAAAAGUUAAACGCUUCAAUUUUUAUAUUUCAUGA